AUGGUUAUUGAGUUUUAUUAUCUUGGUGUAUCGUCGUCUCCACGAACAUUACUGGAAUUUUUAGUUGCCAAAUAUCUCAUGGACUACACAGUCACCAUUGGUAGCAUGCAGGUGGAUGACCUAAUGUUAGGAAAAUAUCAGCAAUCGGGAGUAAAUAUGGGUCUGUUGCCAUAUUCAGAAUAUGGAAGAACUGUUCCGACCCAAGGAAUUUGA